AUGGCCUCUUCUUCUCUUUGUUUCCCUACGACUUCGGCUGUUCGAAUUCCAACUGACACGGCCAGAUUCUUCUUCUCCCCUCGCCGUGUGGCUACCCACUUGAGGACCCGGAUUGAUGUCCGCUCCUCUUUGGAUUCCGAUGUCUCUGACAUGAGCAUUAACGCGCCAAAGGGGUUGUUUCCAACAGAACCUGAAUAUUAUCGCGGGCCAAAACUAAAAGUGGCUAUUAUUGGGGCUGGGCUUGCUGGCAUGUCAACUGCAGUGGAGCUGUUAGACCAGGGGCAUGAGGUUGAUAUAUAUGAGUCCAGAUCUUUCAUUGGUGGGAAAGUUGGUUCUUUUGUUGAUAAACGUGGAAAUCACAUUGAAAUGGGGCUUCAUGUUUUCUUUGGUUGCUAUAAUAAUCUUUUCCGAUUGAUGAAAAAGGUUGGUGCUGAUAAAAAUCUACUUGUGAAGGACCAUACACACACUUUUGUAAACAAAGGGGGCGAAAUUGGUGAACUUGAUUUUAGGUUUCCAAUUGGAGCACCAUUACAUGGAAUUCGUGCAUUCUUGUCUACAAAUCAGCUUAAUACUUACGAUAAAGCAAGAAAUGCUAUGGCUCUUGCCUUAAGUCCAGUUGUGAAGGCUCUUGUUAAUCCAGAUGGAGCAAUGAAAGACAUCCGGGAUCUGGAUAAUGUAAGCUUUUCCAACUGGUUCUUGUCCAAAGGUGGCACACGUGCAAGUAUCCAAAGAAUGUGGGAUCCUGUAGCUUAUGCUCUCGGGUUUAUUGACUGCGAUAAUAUCAGUGCACGUUGUAUGCUCACUAUAUUCGCAUUGUUUGCCACUAAAACAGAGGCUUCCUUAUUGCGCAUGCUUAAAGGAUCUCCUGAUGUUUACUUAAGUGGCCCCAUUAAACAGUAUAUCAUGGACAAAGGGGGCAGGUUCCAUUUAAGAUGGGGAUGCAGAGAGAUACUUUAUGAGAGAUCUAAUAAUGGGGAGACAUAUGUGACAGGGAUUGCCAUGUCAAAGGCCACUCAGAAGAAAAUUGUGAAAGCUGAUGCCUAUGUUGCAGCAUGUGAUGUCCCUGGAAUCAAAAGAUUAUUGCCCUCUCAGUGGAGGGAGUUGGAAUUCUUUGACAAUAUUUACCAGUUAGUUGGAGUACCUGUGGUCACAGUGCAACUUAGAUACAAUGGUUGGGUCACUGAGUUACAGGAUUUAGAACGAUCAAGGCAACUAAGGCAAGCUUCUGGGUUGGAUAAUCUCCUUUACACACCAGAUGCAGAUUUCUCUUGCUUUGCAGACCUUGCUCUUGCAUCCCCGGAAGACUACUACAUUGAAGGACAAGGCUCAUUGCUCCAAUGUGUCCUUACACCUGGUGACCCCUACAUGCCAUUAUCAAAUGAUGAAAUUAUAAAGAGAGUUUCAAAACAGGUUUUGGCUUUAUUCCCAUCAUCGCAAGGUCUGGAAGUUACUUGGUCAUCUGUGGUCAAGAUUGGUCAAUCUUUAUAUCGUGAGGCACCUGGUAAAGAUCCGUUUAGACCUGAUCAGAAGACACCUGUGAAGAACUUCUUCCUUGCUGGAUCAUACACAAAGCAGGAUUACAUAGAUAGCAUGGAGGGGGCUACUCUCUCUGGAAGACAAGCCUCUGCUUAUGUAUGUGAGGCUGGGGAGGAAUUGACAGCGUUAAGGAAAAAGCUUGCUGCCUCUGAAAUCAACGGACUCGCUGGAUCUGCUCCGAAUAUGACUGAUGAGUUGAGUCUUGUCUAA